AUGGUCAGUGUGGCGAGGCACAACAUUGAGAUGAGGCAAGUUUUUCUUUUUUGCUUUUGUGUUGCAUUGGGGACGAGUGUCUCUGGGCGGGCCGGUAGUCUCCACCAGUAACAUCUGAUAGCAAGUACUGUAACUAGCGGAACUGAUAAGCUUUGGCAAGAAGGGAAAGCAGCAGGAUGUCUCAGGGAAAAAAUACACCGUUCGGCCUCAAGUUAGUGGCCAUCAACCUGGCUGCUGGCGGCUCUGCAGGCUUCACAGAAAUAUGCAUAAUGCAUCCACUGGAUGUGGUAAAAACAAGAUUUCAAAUACAGACAACAGGAAAGCCCGGAGACCCUAAUUACUACACAUCUGUAUAUGACUGCAUGCGCAAGAUGGCGAGAAACGAAGGCAUGCUGUCACUGUACAAGGGUGUGCUGCCCCCGGUGCUGGUGGAGACCCCAAAGAGGGCGGUGAAGUUUCUAACAUUUGAAAUCUACAAAAAAUUAUGUGGAACUUCCACACCAGCAACCUUCUUCCUGGCUGGCUUGGGAUCAGGUACCACUGAAGCCAUUCUUGUCAAUCCUUUUGAAGUAGUGAAAGUAGCACAACAAGCCAACAGGGCCCAGCACAAGGUGUCCCCCAGCACGUGGGCCGUGGCUCGGCAGAUUGUGAAGAAUGAAGGUCUGGGCUUCAGGGGCCUCAACAAAGGGGUCACAGCCACAAUCGGCAGGAAUGGUGUCUUCAACAUGAUCUACUUCGGCUUUUUCCACUCCGUUAAUUCGAAAAUCACCCAGCCCAAGGAAAAAUGGAGGCAGAACCUUCAGAAGUUCUUCAUUGGCUUGGUGGCUGGAGUGUUGGGUUGUCUGGUCAAUAUUCCCUUUGAUGUGGCUAAGAGCCGUAUUCAGGGUCCUCAGCCAGUCCCUGGAGAAAUCAAAUACCGCACCACUUUUAAGUCCAUUGGAAUAGUUUAUAGAGAAGAAGGGUUCCGGGCCCUGUACAAAGGCUUAGUCCCCAAAGUGUUGCGUCUUGGCCCGGGCGCCGGCAUCAUGAUGAUCGUGUAUGAGAAUGUUCAUGGCUACCUCACAAAGAGAUUCCCUGAUGACUAGGGAGUCGGGGAUCCGUCCAUCCAGAACAUCUGCUUGCUUGGAGGUGUAAGAAAGUUGGGUGUUUGGGUGCAAUAAAGUCUUGUGGAGGGGAGAGACAAUGAGAUUCUUAAGGUGGAUGAUUACAUCAUAUCACAUCAUAUCUUUAUAGGAUUGAGGUAAAUAUUCCUGUAUAUUUUUGUACAAAAUUCUUUUGUUACUACAAGUGAAGCAACUUUUGGUGUUCUAAUCAUUCCACUAGCAUUCCAGUGAUUUCCACCAGAUGCAUUACAUUACCUGUUUACUCUUUCCUGUGAGGUGAAUAUUUGAAAAGGCUGGAACAAACUACUUGUUUUAAUGACAGCUUGCAUCUGUUUUUUGCAUUUAUUCAUUCCCAGUCAGCUGAUAAUUAAAUAAUUUGCUUGUUAGCUCAUGUGAGUGGAGGCAUACACUAGUCUGAGCUGCACAACAGAGGCAGCUGGGACAAGCACACUCUUACCUCGCCCCUUAUUCAGGUUUUGUCAUGACAGCCUACAGUGACAAUUAAAAUGUUCGCCCCUUAUUCAGGUUUUGUCAUGACAGCCUACAGUGACAAUUAAAAUGUCUCAUAAUUUUAGAGUUGAACUGGUUUUAUGAAAAUCAAAUUAUCUGUAGUGUAUUCAUUAUUUAAUAGAGCUCUUAAUUGUAUAUAUUUAUAUUGUACUGAUGUUUAAUGAAAAUCACUAUUUGUAGUGUAGUAUUCAACUUUAACAAUACUAGCAGAUAAAUUUAUAUUUUGGA